CGCCCACGAAUUCUUCCAAGCUGGUGGGAAUUACAGACCGCGGAAGAGCAGCGACAAGAAAUGGCGGUCUCAGCGAUUAGGGGCGUCGCCUGUGGGCGUUUGCCUCACUUUCAGUUUCAUCAAUCCCAGUUGCAGAGUUCGAGCUUAUCUCGGCGUUCAAAGAGGCUGCUGAAUUACCGCUCAAAGGGGUUCACUGUCUUUGCUCAGUACUCCCAAUCGCAGGAUCUUUUCUCUUCACGCCUUCGGGCCAACAUUCAAAACUUGCCCAAGUUGGUGGAAGACAUUGUCCAGACAUCUAUCAAUACCGGUCCACGUGGAGCAUUGAGGUUUGCACAAGGUAUUCAAGCAGUGAUUGGAGUCGGCAGCGAGUGGCUAGCAGAUGUAUCCAAGUCCGCAAAUUCUUCAGCUGGAUUGCCCACUGAGUUGCAGCUUGGGUUACUUUCCCCUAUUUAUUUGAGGAGAUUGUUUGAACGCAUGGGAGCAACUUAUAUUAAAUUGGGUCAGUUCGUUGCAUCUGCUCCCACAUUGUUCCCUCAAGAAUAUGUUGAGGAAUUUCAGAAGUGUUUCGACAGAGCUCCUGAAGUUCCUUUUCAGGAGAUCCAAGCCAUCCUGCGUGAAGAACUUGGGAGACCAAUAGAUAGUAUUUAUGAAUAUGUUGACCCAACACCACUUGCCUCAGCCUCAAUAGCUCAGGUUCACAGUGCAAAGCUCAAAGGCUCUAGGGAGGAUGUAGUUAUAAAGGUUUUGAAACCGGGAAUAGAGGAUGUACUGGUGGCUGACAUGAACUUCGUGUAUGUUGUGGCACGCAUACUGGAGUUUCUAAAUCCGGAACUCAGCCGUACAUCUCUGGUGGGUGUUGUAAAAGACAUUCGUGAAUCAAUGCUAGAAGAAGUAGACUUCUAUAAGGAGGCUGCAAAUAUUGAAAGCUUCAGGAGAUAUUUGGAAGUAAUGGGGCUCACUAGACAGGCUACAGCACCGAAAGUUUACGAAUAUUGCAGCAGCAAACGGGUUUUGACAAUGGAGAGGCUCUAUGGUGUUCCUCUUACCGAUCUUGAUUCCAUCAGUUCCCUUGUUCCUAGUCCUGAAAACAGUCUUAUAACUGCGCUUAAUGUGUGGUUUGGGAGUCUGCUUGCCUGUGAGACCUUCCAUGCAGAUGUGCAUGCGGGCAAUCUUUGGUUGUUGCGGGACGGUCGUAUUGGAUUUCUUGAUUUUGGAAUUGUUGGACGCAUAUCUCCAAAGACAUGGGCAGCUAUGGAAGUGUUUCUAACAUCAAUAGCUACUGAAGAAUAUGAGUCAAUGGCAUCUGCUUUGAUGGAAAUGGGAGCCACAAACAAAGACAUUGACUCACAGGCAUUCGCCAAGGACUUGGAAAAGAUAUUUUCAUCAAUUCAGGAUUUAGAUACAGAACUCAUAAUCGCAACAGCUCGGGAAAGAUCAACAAAUGCCACUGCUGUCUCAGCAAAUCUGGUUGUUGAUGAGAGGCAGAUGAAUGCACUCUUUCUUGAUGUGGUGCGGGUUAGUGAAUCAUACGGGCUAAGAUUUCCUCGGGAAUUUGCACUGCUCAUGAAGCAGCUUCUUUAUUUUGACCGUUAUACGCGUUUGUUGGCACCUGACCUCAACAUGCUGCAAGACCAGAGGAUCUCCAUCGUCUCCAAUCGCAGAAGCAACUACAGAGACCGUUUUAAUUAAUUCUGGGUGUAGCUGCAUGACAUGAGAAAGCUUUUGUUUUCGUAUUUCGUCCUUACUAUAUUCAGUAUAAAGCAGUAAACCGGAUUUUUCACUUCUUGCUCGAAGCAAUACUCCGAAAAGCUAGACUUCUGUGCUGUUCUGUCUCCAGCUGUGCUCCUCAUGUAUAUUACUCUUCUUUUUUGGGGCUGGAUCUGGGGGUAAAACAUUCUCUGUUACUUUGUAGUACUUGCUUAAUGAUAUGUCUUCAUUUGGUAA